UCCUCGUCCUGCCAGAGGCUUGCGUUCUUGAGGAAUUCGUCAUCAAUGAAAGUGAAGGAAGACUAAACAGGAGAGGAGAAACGCUACAAUGCCGGCAGGUCAGAGGAGACAGGCUAUUCCUUAAUGGGAAGCUGAUAUCUUGGAUGAUGCGAAAACCGUGGGUUGCAGCUCGGAUUGACCCAUCAUAAAGCACAAAGAGGAAACAUGACGGAGAAGACAAAAAAAGAAGAGAAACAUAUUAAUCAGAAGCGGGCGGCUCUUCAGUCGGAGAGAGGGCUUUGAUUGACAGCUGACUGUGGAUAAGCUCCCGACGGUUCACCCUGCAGUCCUGCCCGCUGAAGGAGCUUUCAGGGACAGAGCACCACUGGUAGCCCGAAAUGGAUGGAUCUUUCUGUAACUGAUUAUUUGUGCUUCCUCCAAUAUUAUGAUGGAGAUAUUCUCAAGUCAAGUCGACAGUGCUGUCAUUCAUCCCUUAAACAAUAUACGGCUUCAAUGAAGAAGAUCCUGAGCUAGAAACUCGCACAAGGAAAUGCUAUGGAUAUCCUCAGCGCUGUAGAUUUCUCCUUCACAUAGCAUUUUGAGUGGAUCGCUUCAUCAGUUUUUGAAUUUCCAAACUCUUCUUCCCGUUAGUGGCUUUCAGUAGCCAUGAGUGGAAGAAGCUCAGAUUGAUACAGGGAGACAGGAAAAGACAUCAGAUGAUGGGGGCACCUGGCGGGCCAGUUCUGGGCGGGUUUGGCUCUACGACAUCCUCCCUAGACCUCGUUGGCUGGAUGGUCUGGCCUGGAAAUACCACCGUGAGCCUGAAUCAGAGCUUUUUCGCAACUGAGUACAGCUUUAAUCUCUCCUCCUUUUCUUCGUCUUCUCCUCAUGGGGUCGAAAAGGAGUCGAUGAAGGAGAAGAACUGGCCGGCCCUGCUGAUUCUUGUGAUUAUCUUUCUGACGAUAGGAGGAAAUAUUUUGGUCAUUUUGGCCGUGUCGCUGGAGAAGAAGCUGCAGAAUGCAACAAACUUCUUCCUGCGCUCGCUCGCGGUGGCGGACAUGCUGGUCGGCAUCUUGGUCAUGCCCAUCUCGCUCAUUAACAUCUUGUAUGAUUAUGCCUGGCCAUUGCCUAGCGCUCUCUGUCCUAUUUGGAUAUAUCUGGAUGUGCUUUUCUCCACUGCUUCCAUCAUGCACCUGUGUGCCAUUUCCCUCGACCGCUACGUGGCCAUACGCAAUCCAAUCGAGCACAGUCGAUUCAACUCCCGCACCAAGGCCAUGCUGAAGAUUGCUGCAGUUUGGACCAUUUCAAUAGGUAUCUCAAUGCCUAUCCCAGUGAUCGGACUGCAUAACAGAGAAAAGGUCUUGAAAAACGGCAUCUGUGCUCUGAAUGAGGAACACUUCAUACUUGUCGGCUCUUUUGUUGCCUUCUUCAUUCCUCUGGUCAUCAUGGUGGUUACAUAUUGUCUCACCGUCCAAGCGCUUCAGCGUCAGGCCACAGUCUUCCUCUAUGAGGGCAAAGCCUCUUCUCAACAGCCUUUACAACCUCCAGCUCCACAUACUUCCCAGUUGGCCCCGCCGCCGGCAUCUCGUCGCAGCAGUCUAAACUGUCUGCGGAUCAGCAACAGCGAUGGAAACAUGCUCGGUCUGACCGUGCCCCCGGACACCAUCUCAAUAAUCCCGAGUUCAGAAGCGCCUUCUCAAAUGAAUUCACCCGCUGGACGGGACCCGGCCGGAAGCCAUGGGCGGCGAGGCAUGAUGCAGGCCAUCAAGAAUGAGCGGCGAGCAUCCAAAGUGUUGGGUGUAGUGUUCUUCCUCUUCCUCAUCAUGUGGUGUCCCUUUUUCAUCACUAAUGUUCUGCACGUCCUCUGCCAUAAAGCCUGUAAUGAGCCUGUGCUGACAGAACUGCUCAAUGUUUUCGUUUGGGUGGGCUACAUCUCAUCAGGGGUCAAUCCUUUAGUGUACACUUUGUUUAACAAGACCUACCGAAGGGCGUUUUCAAGUUACAUGCACUGCCAGUAUAGCCGGGUGGGUCUUAAACCCAUCGCUAUACACGCUCCUUGUCCGUCCCAUGCGGUAGUCACACCCAUCCUGAUCUGCGAAAAAGUUUCCAUCGACCGGAACAGUAACUGCCGCAAUGGGGACGGCAACGGAAUCCGAAAUUUGGAGUCCCACGACAUGGACACUGACCCCGGACUGGAGCUAAAACCGGGAAUAUCAGAGCUGUCGAUAAGCAGCGGUCACAGCCACACAGAACACACCAGCAGUGUCUGAAAACUAGCUUCUAGAGUGACGUAGAAAACAGGACCGAGCUCCAAGUGACGUUUAGGAGAACUCGGAAUUGGCUGCCUAUGCAGCCUCAGCUGUAUUACAGCAUAUAGAAUGUAUGCUGAGUUAGCGACAGAAACAAUAAUCUGACCAAGGUCAGAAAGGGAAGAGGGAAUGUAACGUGCGUGCGAGUGUGUGUUUGUUUGUGUUAACAGGUUCAGAUAUCUGAAUGCCAUUAAGUCCUGCAUGAGCACCCAGUCUUUUACUAAGCAGCAUUGGACAUGCGAGUCUGCAGUCCACGCAAAUAUUCGACAGAUAGAGUCAUAGCAUCCUCUUGUGGUCAGUUGAAUAAUUACAAAAAGUGUGAAUCCAAAAAAAAGUUACUGUGUCAUCCAAGCUAGUUGCAUUACAAUAUGGAUGAAGCUAUGCUGUCUAAUUACACUUGCAAGUCAGAUCAUUGUUUGUGUAACUUGUAACCAUCUCCAGUAUGAUAUGAAGAAUCCUUUGAGUUGCAGUAAACCAAUGAGACAGUUAGAGGUUGCUUAUUGGUCUAACGGUGCGGAGGAAUUGACUGCAAAACUCCAGUUUUCUUUAAACCAUGUCUUACAGUGACCUAGAAAACUGGACCAAACAGAACAAUGGGGAGAAAGUCAUGCUUAACAUAAAACUUAGCAGUUCGCGUUGUAGUCCAGUUUUCAAGGUUUUUUUAGUGGGUAUUGAAGGAAUUAACCUCUAGCUCUGGGGAACAUGCUCUCCUGUGAAUGUAAGGUUUGUUAUAUGCUGCCUCAUCAGGUGGUCAAGACAGAGUGAGAGAAGAAGCAAAGUUGCACAACAGACAAGAGUACUAAAACCAUUUACUUUAUAUGGAUGUACUGUCCAUGGCAACAAAUAUUGGUCUGUAAGACCGAAAAUGUUAAUUUGAGGAUGUCUAGGAACCUAUAAUGUAUAAAGCUGUAAACUAUCGCUGUUUUCCUGUGUAGAUCCUUAGAAUUUCUCCUGUAUCACCUGCCCUUGUUCAAACUCCCAUUUUUAUACCAUAGCCUGUGAAUGUUUUACCAAAUCCUUUAUUGUUAAAAAAAAGCCCAUCACCCUCACAAUGGUACCCUUUUGUGAAGCUGCUAUUUAUUUAAU